UCCUUCCGUUCUCCGUUCCGGCGACUUUACUGCUCGGUUCGCUGAGUGACGUCUCUCACCGACCGGUGAAAUACACCGACAAAUCGACCGGACUGACCGCUUAUUCGUCUUUGCUGGAACUCACGGCAUCACGGACUGUCCCUCUCCUCUCCCCGGCCUGAAGGGCCGAGCCGCUGACACUAACACGGGACACGGAGCGGUAGCGCUUCUCCGCAGGAUGAUGGAUGUAUCUCCGGUACUGACCGAGGGACGCGCAUCCCGGCGGACUCGGCGCACGGUCAGCGCACACUUUUGACCAGCUCAAAGAAGACUGACGCACCGGCUGUUUGCUCCUUCAGUUUUAAUCCUUUCCCCCGGAAUGUCAUCAUCAAGGAGCGAGUAAAGCAUCUGCUCUCUCCGGGUGCCGCUGGACGUCCUUCUCCUCAAGGGUUUCUGGUGCUUUUAGCAAACGUUAGCACCGGUAUGAGCAGAACCGCAUCUGCCCGUCAUAUCUAACCGGGGUCGGAGGGUGCUAGCAGGGAAAUAUUUGGAUCUGUGGAUGAGAGCCGGUCACCGGGUGGGAUUGUGUACGGAGCGGAGGAGGAGGACGGAGGAAUAGCAGUGGCAGCAGCGGAGAACCGAACUAUCAUCCUCAUCCCCGGAGGGGGGAGAAGCAGCAACGAGGCCACAGGACGAUGUGAAGAUGGGGGUAGUUUUCGGUCUCCUGUGGCUGUUUACCGGCCUCCUGCAGGGCGUGCACGGCCAGGGCGUGUACGCACCCCCUACAGUGCGAAUCGUGCACUCUGGUCAGGCUUGUAAUGUGGAGGAGGAGCGCUACAGUGAGAGGGUGUACACUAUCAAAGAGGGAGAGACUCUAGAGCUGCAGUGUUUGGUGACUGGACACCCCCGACCACAGAUCCGUUGGACUAAAACUGCUGGUGGAGCGUCAGACCGCGAAUCCUCGCUGCACAACGAAACUCUGAGGAUCGAAAACAUCAACCGCCACCAGGGGGGGCGUUACUACUGCAAGGCUGAGAAUGGAUUGGGAUCCCCCGCCAUCCGCUCCAUACGAGUAGACGUCUACUACCUGGAUGACCCAGUGAUAACGAUACAUCAGAGUGUGGGUGAAGCAAAGGAACAGUUCUACUUUGAGCGGACAGUCUUCCUGCGCUGCGUAGCAAACUCCAACCCUCCUGUCCACUACACCUGGAGGAGAGGCAGGGAGGUGCUGUCGCAGGGCUCAGACUCUGGGGUGGAGAUCUACGAGCCGUUCUUCACACAGGGAGAGACAAAGAUUCUGAAGCUGAAGAAUCUGCGUCCGCAGGAUUACGCCGACUACACCUGCUUCUCCUCCGUCAGGAACGUCUGUGGCAUUGAAGACAAGAGCGCCCACUUCACUCUGAGCAACAGGACAGCUCCUCCAUCUAUCAAGCUCCUCCUGGACGACCCCCUGGUAGUGAACCCCGGCGAGACGAUCACUUUGGUCUGUGUGGCAUCGGGCGGAGAACCUCAUCCCAGUUUAAAAUGGAUGAGACCCGAUGGGCAGCAGCUCCCCAAACGGAGCGUGGUCAAAGGGGGCACGCUGACCAUUCCUGCUGUUGCUAUUGACGACGGUGGUGUCUACAGCUGUGUGGGGUCCAACAACGUUGGGAAUCCUGCCAAAAAAACCACCACCAUCCUGGUCAGAGGUCUCCGUAAAGGUCGCUUUUGGAUCACACCUGACCCUUACCACAAUGAUGACAAUAUCCAGAUUGGACGGGAGGUGAAGAUCAGCUGCCAGGUAGAGGCCACGCCCCCAGAGGAACUGCAGUUCAGCUGGCUGAAGAACGGGCGGCCUCUGAGGAGUUCAGAGCGGAUGGUCAUCACCCACACUGACACAGAUGUCUCGCCGGGAACCACCAACCUCGACAUCAUCGACCUCAAGUUCACUGACUUUGGCACCUACACCUGUGUGGCAUCACUAAGGAACGGAGGAACCCCAGAGAUUAGCAUUGAUGUCAACAUUUCAUCCACCACAGUUCCUCCAGAGCUCACCAUCCCCAGGGGCCGUUCUCACCUCAUCACUCAGGAAGGCGACACCGUAGACCUGCAGUGCCUGGUCUCUGGAAAACCCAAACCCAUCAUCCUGUGGUCUCGGGUGGAGGAGAGCGGGGUGGCGGCGGCGGCGGCAGCAACAGCACUGAUGCCAGACGGCUCCAUUCAGACGGAGAGCUACGACGGCAUCCUGAGGAUUAGCAACGUGACCAGAGAGAUGAGCGGGACGUACCGCUGCCAGACGAGCCAGUACAACGGCUUCAACGUCAAACCCAGAGAGGCCUUGAUACAGUUGGUGGUGCAGUUCCCUCCGGCCGUAGAGCCCGUACACACGGAGAUCCGUCAGGCCCUUGGCCGGGCAUUCAGCCUUACCUGCCGUCUGCUGCGAGCUCAUCCAGCUCGCCUCCUGCGAUAUGAGUGGAAGCUGGGCACCCGCCUCCUGACUGUUGGACAGUUCAGUGACCAGAGAGACGACACAAACUACCACGUCAGAGCUUUGAACAGGGAGGGCUAUGGCGAGUACACCUGUGACAUCACCAAUGAGGCCGGGGCAGGACGUUGCACGUUCCUGGUCACAGGAAAAGCCUACCCUCCAGAGUUUUACUAUGACACCUACAGCGCUCUGUGGCAGAACAGGCCGCGAGUCUAUGGCUUCAAACUGCAGUGGACUCAGAUGGAGCCGAACGCUGUGGAUCGAAUCCUGGCCUACAGACUCGGUAUAAGGCAGAUGGGUCAGUCUCGCUGGUGGGAGCAGGAGAUUCCCAUGGAGGGAACCAUCCAGAAGGGGGAGCUCUUGACCUACAACUUAACUGAACUCAUCAAACCUGAAUCCUACCUGGUCCGCCUGACACCCAUCACCCGCUACGGGGAAGGAGACUCCACUGAGCGCAUUAUCACAUACAGCGCUCCUGUUAACCCACACCUCAGGGAGUUCCAGUGUGGUUUCGAGGAUGAGGCAUUGUGUUUGUUCUCUCAGGACAAAAAUGACGUGUUCGACUGGACACGCCACAGUGCUGCCACACGAGACACCAAAUAUACGCCAAACACGGGACCAAGCUCUGACCACACUGGCUCCAAGCAGGGUUUCUACAUGUACAUAGAGACAUCAAGGCCAAGGCUGGAGGGUGACACAGCCAGACUGUUGUCCCCGACAUUCAACUCCAAAAGCUCCCCUGUCAGCAACAACCCCACCUACUGCUUUGCGUUUUAUUAUCACAUGUAUGGGAAACAUAUAGGAGCUCUGAACAUUUUCCUGCGUCAGAAAGGUCAAGCGGUCACAGAUACCCUGGUCUGGAGUCUUACCGGUAACCAAGGAGACCGCUGGUGUCAAGCCAAGGUCAACAUCCACCCAACCACAGCCUUUCAGAUGGUGAUCGAGGGGGUGCGAGGCUCUGGUAUUGAGGGAGAUAUUGCCAUCGAUGAUGUCACCAUUGAGGAGGGAGAAUGUAAAGACCCCCCUCCCAACAAUCUAAGGUCACUCGCCCCACCCUCAUCGCCACAUAUAUGGCAGCACUGCAUCACUCUGAUUCUGGCUCUGAUUGGCCAGCAGAGGUGACCCCCCCUCUCUGUCGGACAUUGCGACCUUUGACUCUUUGCCCACCUAUUCCUGCUCCAUCAUUCCCGACAUUUAACCCCACUCCAUCCCUCUGCUACCAAAGAUACAGUCAGAGACGAGAUAGCUAAAGCAGGAGGUCAUACGAUGGUUUGGUGACAUGAGAGUUGAGUUUAAAGGUGCCAGAUUUAUUUUAUUGGGCUCCUCUUCUCUCUCGAGUCACAGUGAUCGGUUUCAGACAGAGCAGCUUCAGUCCAAGACGUGUUUGCAGUAGCUGAGCUUAGAGACUGGAAGCAGAGGGAAACUGCUGCGCGACAAGCUCUGACAAUGAAGAACCUAAACCACAGCAGUAUUGUCUGAUGAGUCACCAUAUUUCUCUAAGUGUUCCAGGAAAAGCAUUUAUUUUGUAAAUAAGACAGCUUUAUUUAGAAUUAAAUUGGCUGCUGGACUUUGUUUGGUUUGACAUCGAUGAGAUAAACAGUUGAUUUUUCUCUGGUGUUUCUUCCAUGUCUUCCGUGCACACGCAGUAGGGAGGUGACAGUUACCUGUUUGCCAUUUUAACCCCCAAAGACAUUCCUCAGGUGUAGCUUUUUUUUAAGUUACAGCUUUAUUUCAAAGCAGCAUUUUCUUUAAAUAUGUGUUUUUUUUGAUGAAGUAGUACCUGUGGCUGCUGAUGAGAAAAAGGACUUAGCUUUAACAUCUUUUAUCAGAUCAUUUCAAAGCAGAACCAGAAAUUUCAGUCUGAAUUUUCUUCUUCUCUCCUUCAUCAAUCUUUAUUUUUGGCACUUGUGUAAACUGUGCCAUGGGGACCUGUGCUGGUAUCAUUAAUGGGUAUCAUUCUGCAUGAAUGAAGGAACAUGUCAUGUUUAUAGGCAGAUCACACUUUGAAUUAUGUUCCCAUCCUGCCAGAAGGCCCUGGUUAUUAGUGCAAAUCCAACAUUACAAACACAAGUAGUUUUCCAGCAUAAAUUUCAGACACGUGAAGCCAGAAGGUCUGAGAGGCACUGCUGGGAAAUGUUGGCAUUUAGCAGCAAGCAUGUGUGCAGAAGAAGAAAGAGGAACCAAAAAGAAAGAAAACAAACUAUUUGUGUGGCGUCGUCACAGCAAAUCCACGUCAAUCAGCCAAUCCUGAUAUUUGAUUUGGCACUUCCUGACCCUUCCCUGUCUUUCCUCCUGGUCUUGAGUCAGGGAUCUUUCACAUGUCUGAUGUUAACCAUCACAUUAUGGAGUAACCAACAAAUGAUGCACGCUCUUAAAGUCUUUAGGUAGUCCAGGAUCAGAAUCACUCGUUGGUUAGACACCCUAAUGUGGAUUAGGGUGAAGAAUCCAUGGAUGCCUGUUUUUAAAGAGUUUGCUGUCUUAAAGAUACUUCAUCAAAUUCCCGUGUAAAAGUUUCCAAAAUUAUAAAGCUGUCAGCAGUAAAGCCGUCGAUAUGAGUUUAUGUUUUGUGUUAAAAAGAUGUCAAAGUUCAAUUAGGCCCGGCCUGCAAACAUCAGUUUGUACCAUAAGAUGGUGCAGUGGACCAUCUGGGCGAGUCGUUACGAGCACAUUAUUGAUGGUGGCAAUCUGAGAAAAGGACAAACAUCUGGAAUAAAUGGUGGGGUAGCUAAAGAGAAAUAAGAAACAAAGCACACAUCUGGACACACUGCAGGACACCCACUGAACUGCUGCCCACAGUUAUUCAUUCAUUACAAAAUGAGCCUUUAAAGUAGAAAUAACUGAUCUACAGUCAACCACUCCAUGUGUGACAGAACAGUUACGUUUUUCAGUCUUUACUGCCAACAUCACGGGCUGUUGUUCUGCUUUUACACGAGCCCUGAGAGCUAAACACAGGUAACCUACAGCUUAGUACUGCCCCUGAAGGCCUCCUGCCCUGAAGGUUUCAUGUGGACAUGCAGAGUUUCCCAUCACAGUCAGGUUGUCCCAUCAGCAGAUGCAGCUUAUGUCUCUGGUUCCAGUCUUAAAUCCAGUUUUCUACAGCGAAGCUCUUUAAACUUUCAGACAGAGUCAGUGUUAGAAGAGAGGACAUGCACAGCUUGAAUGUCAGCCUUCCUCCCUGUCCCACCUUUCCCUCUCAUUAUCCACGUCCCCAUAAAUCCAUUCUCCCCCUUAGCACAUCAGCAGUACUGUACUGUGAGAUGGACCGACAGUCAUCUCUCGCUUAUCUUUUUAUGCUUUUGGAGGGCGGGUGGACCAAGCAAAUGGCAUUUACAAAAUAAAAAACAUACUUUCAGAGCCUACUUUGACAUCUGUCUGUCUGUGGCGGACCAAGAAGGAGAGGUCAGCAUCUGCCAUCAAGUGCCUUCAGAUUCACAGAGGGAAUGCUCGCUGGGCCACGGACCGCCAGCCUUCGUCACAGAAACGAAGAGUUAAACAUAUUUCUGUCUUAAUGACUGGAGUGAACAUAAAACGUCCUCCGGUUUGAUUAUGCAGAGAAACACUUUAUUUCUUUUUCUUUUAGUGGAGAUGUUGGAUUUUGUGAAAACCUAAGCCAUGCUGAAUGGCAUUUUAAAAAGGCACCAAUAAAGAAGCCAUGGACAAGGAAACUGACUGUGGAUACAGGACAUCUGAUUUAUUUAACCACGUAAAUAAAAGACCAACAUGCAACCAUCAUCUGACGAUAUGAUGAUACCUGCGUUGGACAGUUCUCAUCCCUGUUUCAAUGAGAUUCAAGCGUUGGCGUUUCAGAACCAUUUUAGUAUUCCAAAAUAAGAGUUUCUGGUAGGAGCCGAAGACUUUAAUGCUACCUGAGACCAACAGUUACCUUAAACUACAAAAUUAGCUAAAGAUUUUCAACAAAUAAAACAAGAACAGUAUGUCAAAUCAAAUCCUCUGUUGUUCCUACCAUAGUUUAAAAAUGGUGUUGGGGAGGGGAGGCUGUUUUUAUUUUGUUGCUUUUAACAUGUGUGGGGGUUUUAACUGAAUUUUUCUUUGGGUUUUGAGAUUUCUAUUAAAUCUAUAAAAAGUAUUAAAGAAGAUUUUAAACUACAAAGCAUUUUUGUAUCCUAAAGAAACUGACAUCAUGGUUGAAGAGGUCAUGCUCGUAUUUCGAAGCAUCUAUUAGAAAAGCACAAAAGAUUCAUAAUUAUUAAACAGAGUCAACACA